AUGAGGGUAGACCAAUUUGCGACAUUUUCGAUUCACGUCGAGAACCUCUACGCCAGCGGCAAGGCUCAACGCCCUCGGGGCCCUCGGUCAAGUUUGACCAUGGUCCGGCCCCAAAUCAACAUCCAAGCCUGUGCUCUCGCAUUCUACAUCCGCCACUACAUCGAGCCCACGGAAAAGCAGCCCCUCCUUGCCACAUGCGUGGCUGAAUCGCUCCUGGCGUGGCGCAAGUCCAGUCGACACAGUACAUGUCGCAUUGUCGACGGCGGCCUCUCUUCUCUGGCAUUGGCAGUGUUUGCGAGAACGCAAAAGUCUGAAUCAGCGGCCGCCGAAGCCUCAUCCGCGUACCACCGCCUUCUGGGCAUGACCAGGGGCCGCAUCGGGACCAUCGGGCCGGACACGCACCAGAGUCACGUCGAAGCUUGUCUACUCGCCGUCUUGAUGAUGGGUCGCUACGAAGGAGCCAUGCACCACCCGGGAAUGAUAAUCUCGCCAACGAGAGACUCUUUCAUGGCGCUUCGAAGCUGGCUUCACCACGAUGGCGCACUUGCGAUUUUACAAAUGUGGAACGAUUACCUAAGCCACUCGAACAAGGCGAGCUGCAUCAUCAAGCACACCCGGCGUGGGUUGACGUUGUCUGCUCUGCUCAGAGGGUUCCCAUUGGCCGACUGGCUUCUUGACGGGGAGCGGUUUGGUGAAGUGGGCUUGGAUCUAGACUACGACCGCAUUCUCGUGCCGGUAGUCAACUUACGCUACACUGCGAAACAGCUGCUCGAACAAGGUGCCGACGCCGACGAGCACACCAUCGACGAGCUCGAUGCUCAGGCGAAGAGUCUGGACGUGAUGCUGGAGGAUUUCGCAACGAAGAUCCCCUUUCCCGAAUCCCGACGGCGCUUCUACCUCCUGGAACAAGCGAAAACCUGGUCCUGGCCCAGAAAACACUUCUUCUCCCCGUUCGUGACAAUGUACAAGGACCAAGGGUAUGCGGCACUCUGGGCACUGUACUUUGCGGCCAGGAUCCUCGUGAAUAGCACACGUCUCAAGAUCCUCCGAGCACAUUCGCAUACGCCUGAGGCCAAUGGGUCGGCCGCGGCGCAUAGCGAGAAACGAGCCGAGUGUCUCACCACCAUCCAGCUGAUGGUGACUGAGCUUGCGUCGGUGACUCCGUUUGUCUUGGACAGGGUCGAGUCGACGGAUCCCACGGCCAGGUGUGGCUGGUCGUCGCUCCGCGUGAACAUCGAUGAACCCGUCAAGCCGCAUCUGGCGACGUUGAUGGUGUGGCCACUAUCCGUGGCCGGGAGUAUAGAAGGCGUCGACGUGGAUCGGCAGCGGUGGUUCCGGUCGGAGCUUUCGGAGGUCGGGAGGAUCGUGGGAGAUGGAAUCCUCCAGUGUGCAGAGACGGAGCAUUGGGCUGUACUGUAG